AUGAUUGACCUAUUGCGAUAUAUACCACCGGAACAUCAUGACUACUUCAAAUCCCUUUCACAUGCGCAAAAUGCUUCGGUUUUUUGCAUAAUUAGCCAUGAUCCUGCCGAGUAUAAAGCACCCUUCAAAGAACCUACGGUCUCCCCAGCCAACGACCCUCAGAGCGAGGUGGCGAGAGUUAAAAGAGCGGAGAGGGUUGAAGGGUUCGCACCCCUCAGCGUGGCUAUAAAUUACAAUUAUCGGUGGGGGGCCACCCAACCUGCACCUCCUCCCCUCCCAGUCAUUGCGGAUAUAUCUAGUUUCUGCGGCUGA